AUGUACUCUUCCUUCAGAUAUAGCAUCUACAUCACAUUCCACUCCUGCAAUGUCAACCACGAGUACUCUUCCUUCAGAGAUCUAUCAGCAUCCACAAUGUCAACCACUAGUACAUAUAGCUACACACUGCAAUAUAUAGCAUCUACAUCACCUUCCACUCCUGCAAUGUCAACCACUAGUACUCUUCCUUCAGAUAUAGCAUCUACAUCACCUCCCACUCCUGCAAUGUCAACCACUAGUACUCUUCCUUCAGAUAUAGCAUCUACAUCACCUUCCACUCCUGCAAUGUCAACCACUAGUACUCUUCCUUCGGAUAUAGCAUCUACAUCAGCAUCCACUCCUGCAAUGUCAGCCACUAGUCCUCUUCCUUCAGAUAUAGCAUCCACAUCACCUUCCACUCCUGCAAUGUCAGCCACUAGUACUCUUCCUUCAGAUAUAGCAUCUACAUCAGCAUCCACUCCUGCAAUGUCACAUCCACUAGUCUUCUUCCUUCAGAUAUAG